UUACGUUUGUUUCAUUAGUCUAAUAUCACAUAUCUAAAUAAUUAUGUUUUAUUUUUACUAGCGGCCGACAACCAACUUUCACAAGUUAAAUUAUCGCCACUAUUUGUAACCACCAUUAGGAUGCUUUUGCUAAUACAAGUGUUAUUUAUGAUUAUUUAUGCAUUAUGCAGUUCAUUAUCAGUAAUUAUUGCAUGUUUAAAUAUGGCUACUGAUUACAUUAGCAUCGCGUGAAGAUAAUACAUAAUCUACUAACUUCUGUCCCAGAUUUCAUUUAAUAUUUAUGGGGUUUCAAUAUUUAUCUAUCCAUUAUCAAUAAUAAUUAUAGUUCGUUUUUUUAGCAAUAAAAAAGGUAAACAAUCUUGAUGUGUCUUUUAAUUGAAAAACACGUUCUAAAAAUAAGUCACGGUAAAUAUUUAACAAUUAUGAAUCUAAUACGAUCAUUUAUAUUCUUCUGCUUUCAUAAGUAAUAGUUAAUGAUUUUUAAAAAGCGUUUUUCAUUAAAAGACAUGUCAAGAUCGCUUACCUUCUUUCUAAUGCUAAAAAAAAACUAUAACAGGAUUUUAAGUUAACAAUAAAUGAGUGAGUUAUUGUUUGUUAUUUCUACUCGUUAGCCGUAGGCCUUUCUAGCCUCGACUGCAUUACAUUUAUUUACACAUUGCUUUUCAAAGUUUAAUCAGUGUAUUUUUUUUGUAAUAGCGGCUGCGGAACCUUAUUUUGAGCAUGGUCAGACAAGCCCUUGGUGUUUUGAGUUAGUACUACAAUCAAACUAGUUAUCUCUUGUUUGAAUAAAAUCUUUCUAGCAAAUACAAAACCUAUUGUAGAACAUGAUCUUAGUUGACUUUUUGAUUAAAUUAAGUGUGCAAUCAUAGAUAAAGAUAACAAAAUGAGAAACACAAGAGAAUAUUGUUAUGUGGCAGUCGUAGUUUAAUUAUUGACAAUGUCUAACGCUGAGGAAAGAUUGCGUAAAGUUUUGAAUUGCAUAGUUCAGGAGAAAUUUCCUAACGCGUCCGAUGUUAAAAUCAAACCAAUUAGCACUGAUGGUGCGAAUUAUACCUCAGUUUUAUUUGAAGUCAGUAUCGUUACCCCUGAAGAAACCCAGGAGUUGUUUGCAAAAGUAGAAUCAAUGGGUGAUAAUCUUAAAGACGCAAGUAAGCUCCUCUCCAAUAUAGAAAAUUUCAUCUUCACGUCACUUACUCGCGCUUAUGAAAAAUUAGAAAGCAAAUAUAGAAUAAAAGAAAAAUUUACAUUUCCAAAGUUUUACAAGAGCGUUGAUGGAGUCGUCGUCAUGGAAAAUUUAGCGUCCAAAGGAUACGAAGUUUAUGAUAGGUUCAAGAUUAUUGACUGGAAUUAUGCAUCGAAAUCUGUAGAAGCUUUAGCCAGAUUUCAUGCACUAUCUUUCGCUUUCAAGAAUGAAUGUCCAGAGGAGUUCAGAAAAGCUGGGGAAGUGUUAUAUAUACCGCUGGCUAUCUACACAAGCUUUCAUUCGGACGGUCAAACUGAUGCUGCAAUGGCAGCUGUGGAUGAAGAAGAUAGAAAGAAACUCUGUGAACUUCUUGAGGGGUCUAAGGGUAUGAGUAAAGGUAUGGAUCUUACUGAACCUCGCAAGACUGCAGUUAUCGUCCACGGGGACUACCGCGCGAGUAAUUUGAUGCAUAAAGAAGUGAAUGGAGAAUAUCACGUCAUUCCGGUGGACUACCAAACGGCCAGGCUAGGAUGCCCGGUGUCCGAUCUCCUCUACUUCAUCUUCUUGGGUACUGACCAGCAAUUCCGAAAAAAGCACUACCAUCAGCUUUUAGACCACUACUACCAGCAUCUGACCCUGAUGAUGACCAAGUUCGGUCUUCAGCCGGGUGCGGUGUAUGGGAGGGAGGAAUUUGAAAGUGACAUAAAAGCGAAACUUCCCGUGGCGCUCAGCGUUGCAGCGGUAAUAUUGCCAUUCGUUACAGUGGAUGUCAACAGCGCUCCGAAAUUCGCGAGUGGCCAGUUCGCGCCGCGCACGAACGAACAGUUCGUCGCACGGUUUCGCGGACUGGUGCAAGACUUGAAGCAAUGGGGGGUUAUUUAGACUACUGUAGCUUUGAGGUACUAGGUGUAAAAGUAUAAGCAAAGGAUUUUAAACGCAAUUUUUGUAAUAUUUUUUUUAGCUAAUCUAUUGUGCCAUUAAUUUUGCAGACUAUUUCAUUUGGAUGUAAAUAAAUAAAAUAA